GAGACUUGGGUUAUACAAUCUAUCAGAUAGACCACGUAACGCAUCGAAUAUGAGGAUGUUUAAUAUUGCAAAGACUAACGCGCACUCUAAUUACCCCCUUCCCCCUCUUAAUGGUACGAAUAUUAUGAACUGUGCAUUCUUCCACAAGUUCAUGUGCGCCGGGAAAGUUUCUGCUUUUGAUCAGACAUUUUCACGUCACCAUACACUUGCUCGCCACUCUAUCUUGCGCACCCAUCGUAUGAAGUAGCAAUGUUUGUUUGGAAAAUGUUUGUUUGGAAUGUUGUUUGUGUUUUUCUGGUUCUGUUUUGGACAAGUUGCGAAGGAGUGUGGCUACUGGGCGAUGAGUUGGUAGGGUCGCCCGUUGAUGAUCCGUGCUGCGGAACCAGUGGCUUCGGAGGUGUCUCGGGCACAACUCCUUUGCCCCUUCCCAAGACCUGUUUUGAUAUUCGAGAAUUCGGCGGCGGGCAAGACGCGGUCUACACCAUAUUCGUAUCUGAUAUCAACAAGUGUGGGAGAAAAGAUGUCUUCUGUGAACAACAGCAAGAGGGGGGUGGAUGGACGGUAGUCCAGAGGAGGUGGGGUGGACGAGAGAACUUCAAUCGACCAUGGGUCGAUUACGUCAAGGGCUUUGGCAAUCUUCAGGGAGAGUUCUUCUUGGGAUUGGAUUGGAUAUACCGGAUCUCAAUGCAGCGGAGACACGAAAUGAGGAUCGAACUGAGGGACUCACAGUGGACAGAAAUAUUCACAAAAUAUUGGACUUUCACGCUCAGCGAUGAGAUCGGGAAUUAUACGAUGAAAAUCAGCGACAUGGAUCCGAAUUCGAACGGAGGUGACGGCCUCAGUGAGCACAACAACAUCCCCUUCUCGACAUACGACCGUGAUAACGACGGCAUGCUUGCUACGAACUGUGCACGGCAAAACGGCGGUGGCUGGUGGUAUCACGGAAACGACUGUUUCACGUCUAAUCUAAACAUGCGCUACCGCUUCGUGGGGAUUGGACCGAAAAGGCGAACCGCGGGGGUUGUGUGGAACCGCGACGGAGGCCAGGCGUUCUUCCCGUACGUGGAGAUGAAGAUUCGUCCGAUGAUCUAGCGAGUAAUAUGCGGAUGCGGUACGAACUGACGAAGACUUUAGUUGAAGUGGUGGAGCUAUACACCUGUGACAGAAAUGU